AUGGCAUCACGUAGAGACAGACGGAUUAAAGGCGCUUCUCAAACAACAAACAUGCGCGAGGAGAUUUCAGUUAAAAAAGAGUUUCACGUCCCACCGUUGAGUGUCACGACGAAAGAGAGCACAAAGAAGAGGAAAGACCCAACAAAAGAGAAAAAGAAGUCGGGGAAUGGCAUUAACCAGUCAAGGGAUUCAGAGAAACUCCAGUGGACCAACGGAGAGAUGAGUGAUGUUCAGAGCAAAGGUCAGGCCAAAGCCAAAGAACGAAAGAGCAGCAAACCCAAAAAUCCCAAGGGUGUUUCAGAAGCGGUUCCAACACAAGAGGACAGCUCUGAUUUGACUCCGCUUGAACAGGACAGCUUGAGGUGGGAAGGAGCUCUAGAAGACCCCACUGCAGAGGCCCAACGGUUGGAGGUCUACAGAGCCAACCGCCGUAAACGUUAUAUGGCAUCAAGACAGGCUUUUCUACAAAAUAUUCAAAACUCAAACUCUUCAAAACUAAAUACACGGAACAAGCCUGGAGUUAUAGCGUGA